GAAUCUUCCAGCCACAACACUAAGUACAGGAUCUAUUGUAACAACAAUGCCUGUGACCACUUCCAAAGCCCCAAUCACGUCUCCUGCCACUGUAACUACAACCACUCGUAUCACCAGUGAACCUACAACAAAACCAGCUGUCACCACAACUGCUCGUGUCACCACUAAACCUACAACAAAACCAGCUGUCGCCACAACUGCUCGUGUCACCACUGAACCUACAACAGAAGCAGUUGUCACCACAACUGCUCGUGUCACCACUGAACCUACAACAGAACCAGUUGUCACCACAACUGCUCGUGUCAGCACUGAACCUACAACAGAACCAGCUGUCACCACAACCGCUCGUGUCACCACUGAACCUACAAUAGAACCAGUUGUCACUACAACCACUCGUGUCACCACUGAACCUACAACAGAACCAGCUGUCACCACAACUGCUCGUGUCACCACUGAACCUACAACAGAACCAGUUGUUACUACAACCGCUCGUGUCACCACUGAACCUACAAUAGAACCAGUUGUCACCACUGAACCUACAACCGAACCAGUUGUCACUACAACCGCUCGUGUCACCACUGAACCUACAACACAACCAGCUGUCACCACAACUGCUCGUGUCACCACUGAACCUACAACAGAACCAGUUGUCACUACAACCGCUCGUGUCACCACUGAACCUACACCCAGUCUCCCUCCGAACGAAUGCUUGGCCACCUACACCAGACUCUCAGGCCAUUUCAACUCACCAAACUAUCCAGGAAGGUAUCCUAACAAUCAGAAAUGUACCUACACCAUCAAUGUUCCCGUUGGAAAAAGGAUCGUGUUGGAGUUCGAAGACUUCGAGAUUGAAAGCGAUGAAAACGAUUUCUAUAAUAUACCCACCUGUUGCAAUUACGAUUACGUUGCUGUCCAUCUCGGAAAUGACAUUCGCAUGCCGAUGAAACUGUGUGGUAACAAACAGCCAGAAAACUCGCUGGUAUCUCUUGCCAACACCAUGACACUGGAGUUCAUCACCGAUAGUACCGUAAAAGAACGUGGUUUCUCUGCUUCCUACUACACUGUAGAUGACCCCCAAUCAGCCGAAGGGGAGGUCCAAGUUAUUACCUCCCCUAAUUGGCCCGAUGUAUGUCCAGGAAUGCUACAUGAUACCUUUUCCCUAGAGGUGGAGGAAAACUACAGAAUAGAGCUUACCUUCCAGGCUUUCGACUUGAUAGAUGAUGUCACCUGUUCGAAGGACUCCCUCAAGGUUGAUAUUGGCAAAGGAAUCGCUGUCCCUCUCGUUCUGUGUGGCAAUAGUUUGCCUGCGGGUACAGUCGUUUCCCUAGAUAAUACUAUGGACUUGACGUUGGUCACUGACACUUAUUCCAGAUGGACCAGGCUGGGGUUCUCAGCUUCAUAUCGAGCUGUACCAGAGGAAACUUUUGAAUCACCAGACACAGACGUAGGAGUAGAACGGGUCGAUGAAGAUAGCAGCGAUGAAGAUAGCAGCGAUGGUGACAAUGGAAAUAGCAACGUGAAUGGCAAUGGAAAUGGCAAUGUUAAUGGCAACGGUAAUGGCAACGGUAAUGGCAACGGUAAUGGCAACGGUAAUGGCAACGGUAAUGGCAACGGCAAUGGCAACGGUAAUGGCAACGGUAAUGGUAGAGGUAAUGGCAACGGUAAUGGCAAUGGUAAUGGUAAUGGCAAUGGUAAUGGCAGAGUGAAUGGCAAUGGAAAUUGGAAUGGAAACGGGAAUGAGUAUUGGAACGGGAAUGACUAUUGGAACGGGAAUGAGAAUGGGAAUGGGAAUGGAAAUUGGUAUGAUAAUUGGAAUGGAGAAGGAUACGGGCAAGAAAACGGAAAUGGAAACGGGGAUGGAUACGGAAAUGGAAACGACAAUGGAUACGGAAACUGGAACGGCAAUGGAUAUGGUAAUGGCAACGGUAAUGGCAAUGGCAACGGGAAUGGAUAUGGCAACGGGAAUGGAUAUGGAAACGUCGGAUGGUCAAGCGAACAUGGUCGACAAUGGAAAUAGCAUUGUGGACUUCACUGGAUCAACUAUCGGGAACGGAAGGCAUGGAAAUGGGAAUAGAAAGUUGGGAAUGGCCAUCAACGAUAAAAGGAAUAGAUGGAAACGACAAAUGAACAUAAUUAGCAUGGCACAGUGAGAAUUUUAAUCUUUAGUCCUUCAUAGUCCAGCAAGUAACUUCUAUGUCUGUCAUAUAGUUUUCUCCUCCAUUAAAGUACAUUAUGGCAGAACGAAAUAUCUAUUACAGCUAAAAUGUAUUGAUUAUGUAAUAAUCAGAUCAUAACAACAACUUAAUACGCAAUGUAAAAGCAGUUUUAACCAAGGGAACUAAUCUUUUAAACAUAAUCUUGAGUAGUUGAGUUCUGGAAAUGACGGUACAAUCCUCUUUACAGAAUCAAACGAUAAUUUUAAACACUAAAUAUCCGCUGCUUUGUCACUUACUUUAUCUUUCUAUGUUUGCUUAUGGUACUAACUGAGGCAUUAUCGUGCAUGGAAGAUGUAAACUAAUUUACAAAUUUUAUGUGUUAUGUAUGUACCUUGUAUUGGACUUACUUCUAUU